UGGCGGAUUGGGGGAUUAAGCGCUCUACGCAUGCGUGAAAGUUGGAAAACAUGGAAUUUUUUAGGCACAUUACGGGUUCGAAACGUAUCGCGUUGCGCCUGAGACAUUCGUCCAUGACUAAAAAAGAGUUUCAGUACUCCGAGGGGGGUCACACAUUGUGUUUUCAAUGUGUACAAGCAGCAUCUCGAGCUUAGCGUCCAUUUCUAUCUCGUUCAUAUUUAGGGCCAGGUCCUUUUCCCACAAUCCAGCGCGACGUUACAGAUAUCCCUGUUUAGCUGGUUGUCUUUCCUGGCGCAAGUCUCUGGCAGGAGGCUGCUGGUAGUUUGACUGUGCAAAGACGGUAAGAAGCGACCGACCGGCGGGGGAGGCAGGCAAGGCAAAGGAAAGGACAGGGGGAAUUUAGGCUGUGUCCCGUAUUUGGAAUAAGCAAGACUAGACUACAGCUUUCCACUUGACGUGAAACGAGCUCCUCUGCAACCUUCAGAAAGGAGCCGCAUUUUUGACGACUAACUUACGGGGCUGUUGGAACUCCUGAACUAAUAGUCGUUUUGACCUGUAAAGAAACUAAAGAGACAUUUGGUUUCUGGACGAAGAAUGGGAUUUAAACAACAUAUGUGCCAGCAUUGAGUUGGGAAAACAAGGGAAUAUUUUCCAGUUGGAAAGAAAAAUAACCAGUGUCGAAAGUGGUUAAAUUCAGCCGAGCUUUGCUAACACGGAGCAUAUUGUAUGUCAACUUCUAAAAAAAAGGGGGGCAACGAUGGCAUUUAGGAACGAAGAAAAGUAACGUCAACGUGAGCUCGCUGGUUAGCUAAAUAGCUAACCUAGCAGGCUGCUAACUAAGCCUGUGUCGCCCUUCCAUUCCUGGAGCGGAGGGGCGCUGGGGCUUUGUAGCAUUGCAGAUCUGCCUUGCAUUUUUGGAUUGCUGCAAGAAUGGAGAAUCCCAAAUAUCUGCCACAACAACUCAGGGAGAUCUGCUGAACCGCAUCGACUCGUUUCUUCCCUUUUCCCACACAGAGAAGACCAGAAAACUGCCAGCUAACGUUUGGAUUUCAUCAGAAUCAGCCGGCCCAGGGCAGCCGGGGUCUGUAAUUGUGAAUACUUCUUUUCGUAUAUGCCCUGUGGGGAUAGGUAUUAUAAAAUGGGGAAGUGCAACACGUUUUAUCCACCUCUUAGAUGCUGGAUCUCAGGAGGGAGAUCAUGAGUAGACCGGUUUUAACGAGGAAUUAGCCCCGGCUUGCCCUCAAUUGAAAGUUUUAUUAUUUUUCGAGAUAUAUUCAAGGUGAGAGAACUUCUUUACAGGCCCCUCUGCGCUAACUAACAGGCCGAGGAGGUGCUUGCUCAUAUCCCUCCCCACCUCUUCCAUCAUCAUUAGUUCAGAAACCAACAGGCCGGAAUAAUCAUGUCGGGAGAGGUGCGUUUGAAGAAGCUGGAGAAGCUGAUCCUGGACGGGCCAGCUCAGUCUAACGGCCAGUGCCUGAGUGUGGAAACGCUGCUGGAUAUCCUGGUCUGCCUCUACGAUGAGUGCAACAACUCCCCUCUCAGAAGAGAGAAGAAUAUCACGGAGUUUUUGGAGUGGGCAAAACCCUUCACUUCCAAAGUGAAGCAGAUGCGGCUACACAAGGAAGACUUUGAGAUCCUUAAGGUGAUUGGACGAGGAGCCUUUGGAGAGGUUGCAGUCGUAAAAGUGAGGAACACCGACAAGGUAUUCGCCAUGAAGAUUCUCAACAAGUGGGAGAUGCUGAAGCGAGCUGAGACGGCGUGUUUUCGGGAGGAGCGGGAUGUGUUGGUAAAUGGGGACUGUCAGUGGAUCACCACCCUGCACUACGCCUUCCAGGACGACAAUAAUCUGUACCUGGUCAUGGACUACUACGUGGGUGGUGACCUCCUGACUCUGCUCAGUAAGUUUGAGGACCGGCUGCCGGAGGAGAUGGCCAAGUUCUACCUGGCUGAGAUGGUGCUGGCCAUCGACUCCGUUCACCAGUUACACUACGUCCACAGGGACAUUAAGCCCGACAACAUUCUGUUGGAUAUGAACGGCCACAUCCGCCUAGCUGACUUCGGCUCCUGCCUCAAACUCAUGGAGGACGGGACGGUCCAGUCCUCCGUGGCGGUGGGGACUCCAGACUACAUCUCCCCAGAAAUCCUCCAGGCUAUGGAGGAUGGGAAAGGCAAGUAUGGGCCUGAGUGUGACUGGUGGUCCCUGGGCGUCUGCAUGUAUGAAAUGCUGUAUGGAGAGACUCCUUUCUAUGCUGAGUCCCUGGUGGAAACCUAUGGGAAGAUCAUGAACCAUAAGGAACGAUUCCAAUUCCCACAGCAGAUAACAGAUGUGUCAGAGGACGCAAAGGAUCUGAUUCGUCGGCUCAUUUGCAGUCGAGAGCACCGAUUGGGCCAGAAUGGCAUUGAAGACUUCAAGCACCACCCCUUCUUCAUGGGCAUUGACUGGGAAAACAUUCUGACUUGUGAGGCCCCCUACAUCCCAGAGGUCAGCAGUCCUACAGAUACCUCCAACUUUGAUGUGGACGAUGACUGCCUAAAGAACUCGGAGACCAUGCCCCCUCCCUCCCACACUGCCUUCUCUGGCCACCACCUGCCCUUUGUGGGUUUCACAUACACAAGUAAAUGUACCCUGUCUGACCGGGGUUGCCUGCGACAGCUGGCAUCAGAGGCGGGUAAGGCAGGUCAGGACCAGUUGGACCUGGAAGUGCAGCGUAGCCUGGAGGACAGCCUGGCCACUGAGGCCUACGAGAGGAGGAUCCGACGCCUGGAGCAGGAGAAACUAGAGCUGAGCCGCAAACUGCAAGAGUCUACUCAAACAGUGCAGGCCCUGCAGCACCAGACAGGCGAAGGCCCUCUCAGUGCUAACAAGGAGGUGGAGAUCAGGAGUCUGAAGAGCGAGAUUGAUGUCCUCAAGAAGCAGAUCGCUGACUCAGGCCAGCUGGAGAAGCAGCUGGAGGACGUGUCGUUGGCCCGCAGGGACUUGGAGGACUCAUCUAGACACAUUAAAACUCUGGAGAAACAAAUGAAGAGCCUUACACAGGAGAGGGAUGAGCUGCACAAGGAUGUUCUGGAGGCCAGUGAGAAGCUCAAGUCUCAGUCAAAGGAGCUGAAGGAAGCCCACAGCCAGAGAAAACUGGCCAUGCAAGAGUUUUCUGAGCUCAAUGAGAGACUCACAGACCUCAGGUCGGCGAAGCAGCGCCUCGCUCGCCAGUUGCGCGACAAGGAGGAGGAAAUAGAGAGCCAGAGCCAGAAAACUGAGGCUCUCCGUCUUGAGGUGCGAAAGGCAGAGAGGGCCAAGAAGGAGAUGGAGGCACAGACGGAGGAGCAGGCAGCAGAGGCUCAGAAAGAGAGGAAGCUGAGAGAGCGUAAUGAGCAGUACAGCCGACAGCUGGAGGAGGAGCUGGAGGGUCUUAAGUUGAAACAGGCUGGCCCCUCCGCCUCCCCGGCCUCAGUGGACCAGACCCAGGAGGUGGGACGCCUGCGGGGAGACCUGGAGAAGAAGACGCUCUUGUACGAGGAGGAGUUGACGCGCAGGGAAGCGCAGCACAGCACGGAGCUGAAGACCCUGCGCAAGGAGCUGCGGGACGGUGAGAGCCAAACCCUCGCCCUGCAGAAAGAGAUCCUCAUGCUCAAAGACAAGCUGGAGAAGACUCGCCGUGAGAGCCAAAGUGAGCGGGAAGAGUUUGAGGCCGAGUACAAAGAGAAAUAUGAGAGGGAGAGAGUCCUGCUUACUGAAGAAAAUAAGAAGCUGUCCAGUGAACUGGAAAAGCUCACCACGAUGUUUGAGAAGGUGAGCAGCUCCAACAGACAGCUGGAGGACGAGAUGAGGGAGCUGGCUGACAAAAAGGAGAGCGUAGCUCACUGGGAGGCCCAGAUCACAGAAAUCAUCCAAUGGGUGAGUGAUGAGAAGGAUGCUCGGGGCUACCUGCAGGCUCUGGCCACUAAGAUGACAGAAGAGUUGGAAGGACUGAGGAACACCAGCCUGGGACCAAGAGCCACGGACAUGCCGUGGAAGAUGCGCCGCUUCGCCAAGCUGGACAUGUCAGCCCGUCUGGAGCUCCAGUCAGCCCUGGAUGCUGAGAUCAGAGCCAAGCAGAGCAUCCAGGACGAACUCAACAAGGUCAAGGCCAGUAACAUUGCCACAGAAUGUAAACUCCAGGAUGUGGAAAGCAAAAACCAGGAGCUCCUGGCUGAGAUCGACAGGCUGAAGAAGGAGACAGAGGAGCUUCGGCUACGAAGGGGUGUCAAGCACCAGGAUUCCCAGAAUUCCUUCUUGGCUUUUCUCAAUGCCCCCACCUCAGCACUCGACCAGUUUGAUCGCUCGCCAUCCGUCGGCCCAGCUAGCAAAGGCAGACGUGUGGACUCAAUGGAUAACUUCACUCCCUCCAACACUCCAUCUCGGGAAGAUGACCCUAAGUCGCACCUCAAGUCCCGCUCGCGUUCACCUUCCAUGGCUAGUGAUGUGGAGCCCAUAGAGUUGAUAGACCAUCCUCCCCGUACAGUCCAGACCCCCACCAUGCGCUCAGGAGGGUACGGCAGUAUUGGACGCUCCUCACCUAAGUCCAAAGCACAUCAGUUUGUGGUGAAGACAUUCAACACACCCACCAAGUGUAACCGGUGCACUUCCCUCAUGGUGGGGCUCAUACGUCAAGGUUGUACCUGUGAAGUGUGUAACUUCUCCUGCCACGUAACGUGUGCGGACAAGGCUCCGGCUGUGUGUCCAGUACCCCAGGACCAGACCAAGGGCCCGCUGGGUAUUGACCCUCAAAGGGGGAUCGGUACUGUGUAUGAAGGGCACGUCAGGGUGCCCAAACCGACAGGGGUGAAGAAGGGUUGGCAAAGGGCGCUGGCUGUCGUGUGCGACUUCAAACUGUUCCUCUACGAACUGGGAGAAGGGAAAGCCACGCAGCCAAGUGUAGUAGUCAGCCAAGUCAUAGAUAUGAGAGAUGAAGAGUUUUCAGUCAGUUCAGUCCUGGCCUCUGAUGUCAUCCACGCCAGCCGCAAAGACAUCCCUUGUAUAUUCAGAGUGACAGCGUCCCAGCUCUCCCCCUCCAGCAGCCACAAGCCCUCCAUCCUCAUCCUGGCUGACAGCGAUCAGGAGAGGAACAAAUGGGUGGGCCUCCUCAACGAGCUCCACCGCAUCCUCAAGAAGAACAAGCUCAAGGAGCGCUUUGUCUACGUCCCCAAGGAGGCUUACGACAGCACCCUGCCGCUCAUCAAGACCACACAGUCUGCUGCUAUCAUAGAUCACGAGCGUGUCGCCCUGGGCAAUGAGGAAGGUCUUUUUGUCAUCCAUGUCACCAAAGAUGAAAUAAUCCGGGUGGGGGACAACAAGAAGGUGCACCACAUCGACCUGAUUCUCCAGGAGCAGCUGCUGGCGGUCAUCUCCGGCAGAAAUCGCCACGUUCGUCUUUUCCCCACGCAGGCCCUGGACGGCCGCGAGACCGAGUCUUACAAGCUGGCAGAGACAAAGGGCUGUCAGACUAUCGUCUCCGGCCUCGUCCGCAACGGCUCACUCACCUGCCUCUGCGUGGCCAUGAAGAGACAGAUCAUAUGCUACGAGGUGAAUAAGAGUAAAGCACGACACCGUCGGCUGCGAGAGCUGCAGGCUCCGGGGCCCGUUCAGUGGAUGGGUUUGCUCAGUGAGCGUCUCUAUGUAGGAUAUCAGUCUGGCUUCACCCGCUACAGUGUCCAUGGUGACGUGUCCCCCGUCAACCUGCUCCACCACGAGGAUCACACCCUGGCCUUCAUCCCCCAGCAGAACCUGGACGCCCUCUGUGCCGUGGAGAUCUCCAGCAAGGAGCUGCUGCUGUGCUUCAGUGCCAUAGGAGUGUAUGUGGACUCCCAGGGCCGCCGGUCACGUCAGCAGGAGCUGAUGUGGCCAGCUGUUCCCAACGCUGCCUGCUACAACGCCCCCUACCUGUCAGUGUACAGUGAGAACGCUGUCGAUGUGUUUGAUGUCAACACCAUGGAGUGGAUUCAGACCAUCCCUCUGAAGAAGGUGCGACCUCUGAAUGUCGAUGGCUCUCUGAACCUGCUGGGACUAGAAACAGUGCGGCUUAUAUACUUCAGAAACAAGACGGCUGAGGGUGAUGAGCUGGUCGUCCCAGAGACGUCAGACAACAGCAGGAAGCAGAUGGUGCGCAGCAUGAACAACAAGAGGCGCUUCUCCUUCAGGGUGCCUGAGGAAGAGCGACUUCAGCAGAGGAGAGAGAUGCUGCGAGACCCGGAGAUGAGGAACAAGCUGAUCUCCAACCCCACCAACUUCAACCACGUGGCCCACAUGGGACCAGGAGACGGAAUCCAGAUCCUCAAAGACCUGCCCAUGAACGUCCGUGUUCAGGAUAGCCGCGCGGGCUUCAGCGGUUCAGUCAGCAUCCCCUCCAUCACCAAGAACCGGGCUGAGCCGGGCCGCUCCAUGAGCGCCAGCAGCGGACUGGGCAUACGCUCGUCCUCCCAGAACGGCAGCGCUCUGCGCAGAGAGCUGUCAGGUGGGAGCUACGGAUCCAAACGGCAGACCAUGACCUCUCCUUCCGAGAGCUCCCUGUCCUCUGGUGGAGGCAUGGACUGCGUAGAUGCUCCACUCUCACAGUUUGACAGAGAGUGGCAGGCGGUCUCACCGUCGGAGAAGACCCCCGAUCUGAAAAGGGCUUUAAGGACCCUGCUUAGUAAGAUGAAGGACUCAGACUCCCCCCGUCACUCUACAGCCUCCAACAGCUCCACCUUCAGCAGCCCUCCCAGUCCGGCCUCCCCUCACAAAACCAAGUCCCUGUCCCUGGAGAGCACAGACCGGAUGGCCUGGGACACAUGAGCUUCAGCCGGCCUCUCGCCCCACGCACCCACCCACCCACCGACCGACCGACAGCACAGGACUCCAAACCCUCCUCGUCCCUCCUCCACUGCAGCCUCUCGCAACCUUUCUACCCCCCCCCCUUCCCAAACAGACACACACACACACCUCUCACUGCCCAGAGAACUGCACCUCCUGACGAACCUUUGUCCCACUUUUGUCUCUCAUCGUUCUUCCAAGACGGGGCAGAAACACUAAGAGUCUUUCGUGUCUUUGAGGGAAAUUCUGAGGGAGAAAUUAACAAAACUUAGUGUACAUGUGGGUGCUGGUGUUUGAGGGUGUGUGUGCGUGUGUUUGAAAGAAGCGCCUUCCAGCGUGUGUGUGUGUGUGCAUGCAUGUGUUAAUUCAGAAAGGGCAUACAAUAUAGGAACAAAGCGUGGAGCUUUGCCGACACCACUCUGUCCACAGGUCCCCCCUCGAUUCACUCAGAGACUCAGAAAGCUCACAAGGCAUCAAAAAGAGAAGAGGAUUAUUACUGAGAGAAAAUGAUUUGUAUUUGUACAAAGGAUCCUUUGGCUUUUAGGGGACAAUAUUUUAAUUUAUUUAUCAGGCUUAGACAAGGAAAGGGAGGUUUGCUUCAUGGCCUGAAUCAGACAGCUGCUCACUUCCUUCAGCUUUCUCUGUGGGUGCUGCAAAAAUCGAAAAUGUAACAAAAAAAGAGAGAGAGAGAGAAAGGAAAACGGUGAUUUUUUUCUUUUGCUCAUGACACUAAGUGCAGUGACUUUAUAUUAUUUUUUUUAUUUUUGACCAUCAGAGAAAAUUAGCGUUAAUAUUGCCGGCUUCUCCGACAUCAUCUUCACCACCACUGCUCCUCUGUGCUUCUCAUUGGUCCAGUGCGAGUGACAUCAUCCAGCAGCCCUGGACGUGUCCUCCGCCGUAGUGUAGACGUUCCACUUUGCUGUGCAACCAAACUGACCAACUCACAGGUUCCCAUCACAGUAAUGUACAUAGGUUCAAAGUAGAGAGUAAUAUAUGAUAAGGAAAAUACUAUAGAGAAGUACACAGGAAAGAAAAAAAAAAAUCCUUUUAUUUUCCUUUUUUCGUUGUUUGUUUUGAGAGCGAUUUGGGGUUGUGUUCACACAAAAAGCCAUUUUAAACCACUUUCCAGUUUUCUUCUUUUUUUUUUUUUUUACUGAUUGAUUUUAGAUUUGUUUGUUUUAUAUUGUACUUAAGACACGCAUUGUGUUCCCCCCCCACACUCUGUUUGCGUUUGAGUGAAGCAAAGUCACGUAUGGAUCGACACUACUGCCCGUACUGUAGAGUGAACACGUGCGAACCUGCUAUCACACAUGUAUCCACGCACACUGAGGUGGUGUUGUUAUGCAGCAGAUGCCUUGUCCUGUGACUGAAGUGGCUGUGAUCAUUUAACCAAUAGUUAUCGACGUGUGUGUGUGUGUGUGUGUUUUAAACUCACUGUGGUAUCUGGGUGGAAAGAUCAGUCCUUUCGCUGAGCUUGAUUUAACCAAAAACGGACAAUAGAGGGAGACUCUGUCUUUGUGACGGCCUUUGCGUAGUGUGAAGAGGGUUUAUAGUUGAACUGUUCAUUACAAAGUGACAUUUGUAAGAGCUCUUGAUUAGGAAAAAAAACAAAAACACUAUAAUGUAAAGAAUGUAAACACUUAAAAGCUAGGACAAAGUCAGCACUUGGGUUUGCUACCUGUUGGACUGGAUCUCUAAGCCUCGAGCGGUUUUUCUUCGGCAGUUUGGACAGGCCUCUGAAAGAACAUUAAACGGUGUGGCAGCUUCUGGCUGCACUCACAGCCAAUAACCUGUUACCUCUGUUCCUCUCCUUCAGUUUACAGACAGAUCGAAAGGCAUUUUACUCGCUCACAGGGCAGAUGGGGGUAAAACCGUGAGGGAAUAAUGUGCAUGGAGCUGAAAACUGUCUGAAACUGUCCUGACUUCAAACACAAUGUGGUAUCAUGCAUAAGAAGAAUGCACAUCCUGUACUGUGGCUCGUUGUUGGUGUGUAGUCCUCAUCAGAGGGUCUGUGGGGAAACCUGCUCCUCCCCUUUGGGAACGGGCUGAAUGCUUGGUGUACAGUACGGCGUCCUGGCUCACAAUCCUCCAGUUUAUUCUGCUUGUCUUGUUUGUUAGAGAGAGAAACAAAAAAACAAGUACUUUGGUGGUCAUUCCUGCCGAUUCCCCUGUUGAAACACGUAGCUCUAAACAACCCAUUCCAAGUGUUGUUUUUUUCUUUUUGUUUUUUUUGUUUGUUUGUUUUUUUUUUUUAGUAUUCCAUUUUAUAUGAAGAGAGAGGGAGAGGUUUGGAGCUCCACAGUGCGACUAAGCUGGUUUUUAUUCCAAACAGCCACCUUUUUGAAACUUUUUAAGCUAGCAAGUUCCUCCUUAGUUCCUGCUGGAGUUUAUGUGUAGAAUGUAUUAGGUGGGGGUCGGAGAACUGUCUUAGCCAGGUGUUUUACUAUUGGCCAAUAUUGUACAGAAAUAAAAAAUCCUAGAUAUCCCAGUUUGAGGAGAGGGGAAGAGAAACUCAGGAAAUGUCAGAACCAAUGAAUUAUUUUUCAUUUAGAUGAAAAUGGGUGCGUUAGAGGUUUGUUUGGACGGAUGGCUGGAGCGAGCGAGCGAGUGAGGGAGAAGAGUACAGUAGAUGUGACCCGGGUGGAGAGAGCAGGAAGAAAAGGUGGCGAGGGCUAGAAGAUGUUUGGAGAAAAAAAAGAAAGAAAAAAAAAAAGAUGAAAUGUUUCCAGGGGUGAAUGGUGACAGGUGUCACAGUGAUAACAUUUAAAAGAAGGAAAACCUAAAGAAAAAAAGAAAAAAAUCAAACGCCUUUGCAUUUCAGUGAGGUCUUAUCUACAGUACCUUCUAUAUUAUUUUGCUCUUUCAUAUCAUAUUACUUUGUUUUGUUUUUUUUCUAGGAUUGCUUUGUAAUAAUUUGUACAGUUUUGCAUGUUAUAGAUGUAAUCAUUUUUUGUUUUCGGUUUGUUGUUUUACUUGGACUUGCUCCUUUUUGAACGGUUUGGGCGUUUUACUGAGGAUAACCCACUACAGGUGAUGUAGAUUCUUUUUUGCACAAAAAAAAAUAUUUAAGGUGUAAGGUCAAAACAAAAGUAAAGUAAUGUAUGAAACUGGCUGCCACACUUAAGUGGAGAACUCAUAUUAACCUGACUCCGAUGUAUUUCAAUAAAGCGGAGGGCUGUUACAAAUACAA